AUGUAUACUCUGUUGGGGUCAAGGAACUCCAUCUGCUUCUUAAAAUAUUAUUCUAUUAUUUUGCGGGGCUUCACGCUCUUUUGGGGCAAUGACGUGUGUGCUUUUCCCCCGGUGCAGUGGCAACUUUCAAAGGGAGAUAGCGGCUUUGAGAAUGUGGAGCUGGGUGUCAUAGGAAAGAAAAAGAAAAUUCCAAGGAGGGUUAUUCAUUUUGCAAGUGGAGAAACAAUGGAAGAAUAUAGCACAGAUGAAGAGGAAGAUGAACAAGAGAAAAAAGACCUCUUGCCACCUGUAGAUCCUACAACACUAACAUGGGGACCCUACUUGUGGUUUCACAUGCUGCGAGUUGCCACAUCAACCUUAUCAGUGUGUGAUUUCCUGGGGGAAAAGAUUGCAUCUGUUCUGGGAAUAAGCACACCAAAAUACCAAUAUGCCAUUGAUGAGUAUUACAGAAUGAAGAGAGAGGCGGAAGAGGAGGAACAGGAAAACAAGAUGUCAGAAGAAGCAGAAAAAAAACAUCAGGAACAGCAGAACAAGCCACAAGCUGAAGCUCCUGUCCAGACGGACCAGCCUGGAGCAACAGCGUGCUCUUCAUUCGUGAAUGUAAACUUUGAAAAUGAGGAAGAUUGCCCGCCCAUUGUGGAAAAUAAACAAGAUGUAGUUCCUGUCCCUCCUUAAGUGUAAAGCUCUGUAUAAUGUAGGAAAUAAGAACUGUCAGGUGUCACAAUCUGCCUAUAAACAGGAAAAAUAGGAUUAUGCUUGCUCAGUGAAAUACAACUCCUUCCAUUCUUAUUGAUCAGGAGAGAGCUAGGCAAUGUCUGUUCAGUCUGUCUGCCUAAUAAAGGCUGAGACAUUCUGCCAAAUUGGCACUUCAGUUAAAAUGAAAAUUGCACUACAAACAUUUGGUCUAAAAAUCAACAUUUGAAUGUGUGAGCUAUUUUCUGUGUAAAGCAAGUAGAAAUGUCUUUUCUUUGAAUUGCUGUGACUCUAACACCUGUGGAUUGCAGAGGCAGUGCUGUUUCCUACUUCUAAAACCCUGAUUUGCACAUUGUUUGCAACUCGGCUCUCUAGGAAUAGAUUAAUAGGAAUUAAUAUCCUGUAACUCAAAAGUAAUUAUAAUAGAGUCUUAUUCCCCCUAUUUAUUGUCACUGUUGUAUGCAUGUAUUUUUUUUUCUGUUAUUAACAAAAGAGAAAAGUGUUAGAUUUAAUGUUAAUUAGAUUAAAGGGUCCACUGACUUUUUUUUAAGUAAAAAAACCCCAACUUACCAGGAAGCUGUAAGCACCCUUAAGAACUUAAUAACAAGUACCAGCACUCUUGGAGGCUGAGAGUGCUCAGCUGCUCCAUUCAGUGCAAAGUUCAGAACUAACAUCA